CAACGUUAUGUUGGUAUUAGAACUUACAGCUCUCACUUAAUUCUUGCUUUGGCAGAAUACUAUUACUUGAUGAAAUAUUCUGUAUGCAGGCUGAGCUAGUAUGGAUUCAUUGCAGGGAAGAGUUAGAAGAGGGUACUGAAGCUGCAAAAUUUCUGGAAUAUUAUAUUCAACAGAUAGCAACAGGAAGUUAUAGUUACUUAAAACAGGAUAUAGCUUUGUUGCGAAAAAGAACCUUACAAAAGGCUAUUGAAGAUUUGCCUCCUCGAAAAUAAGCAGAUUUUGUUGAAGUGCUUAAGUAGGAAAAAUGUUCCAAUUCAUGUUUCUGAAAGCUUUUGAUGCAUUCAGUACUUGCUUACGAAGAGCUUUUUUCACAAUUGUCAAGCGUUCCCAGGAGGUACCUAAGAAAAAGAAGAAGCCAUUUUUGCGAAAAAAAGAAGGCUCUGAGAACAAGAAAGAAACCAUUUUUGCCAAAUAAACGUGCUCCAGUUUCAUCCCUCGCUCCAUCUCCAAUCCCUGCAACUGUUCAGUCUCCCACUCCCUCUCCAGGUCCUGCAGCAGUUCCAACCCUUGCUCCAUCUCCAGGUCCUGCAACUGUAUCACCAGUUUAUGCUCCAGUUCCUUCUAUUGAAGUGCCCACUAGCUCUCCUCCAGCUGUGCUGCCUCCUUCUCCAGUUGUAAAACCUCCUGCAAAGCCUCCAAAACUUCUAACUCACACCAAUUCUUCUAAACCUUUGCCUGUUAAUCCUCCAGAUAAACCACAAAAUGGUCCUAAUUCUGCGGGAAAUAAUCAAGAGCAUCGAAAUUAUUUAAUUGCUGCAGUGGCUGGAUGUUCGGUUGCAGGAAUUGCCUUUUUAGCUCUGUUGAUAUUCUGUGUUAAUAAUAAAAGGAAAGAAAUAGCUCCAAAUGAAUGGGAAACCGCCUCUGAAUUCAAAUGCAGGUUCUUCUCUAAAUGUCAAGAGUGCAUCUGCUGUAAAUGAUGCUGAUCCUCAUAAAUCUUCUGAAGCCGACGUGGAACUGUCAAAACCUGAUAUGAAUGCAAAUGCUCAUGCACCAAUACCACUUCCUCCUGGAAAAUCUGCACCUCCACCUCCUGGUCCCUCCUGGUUCUCCUCCUCCUAAACCACCUGUUCCGAGCCGACCUCCACCUCCAAAAUUUUGCCCUCCUAAUCCACCACAACCUGGUAAUUUGCCAAAGCCUUUACCUCUUGGAGCACAUCAGAGAAGAUGUUCUUCUGAGACCGGGGGAAGUGACUCAUUGGGUGAAUCUGACGCUUCCUAAAGCAAAAUUAAAACCAUUCUUUUGGGACAAGGUUCUUGCUAACCCUGAACACCUAUGGUUUGGCUUGAAAUAAAAGCCAGCUUGUUCCAGUUUAAUGAGGAGAUGAUGGAUUCUUUGUUUGGAUAUUUACCAGGAGACCAAGGGAAAAAUGAUCGAAGAAAAGCUUCCU